AAACAGCCGAGGCAGGAGAGCUGGACUCCGAACGAACGAACGAACGAAUGUUUGUUGAUACUCAGCCUCGCUUCCGUUGAACUCUGUGAUCAAUGUCAAAACACACCUUUGGCUCUCAGUGCGACCGUGAUUACAGCGGCGGCCGCUACAAAGUCACCGCUUUCCUGCUGAAGCGAUUGACCCACUUUGAGGCAGAUGGACGUCCAACCCAAUCUGGACCCUGAGACAAAGAUGUCCACCCCACAGUCCCCCCCCUGGGAAAAACGAGUCCAUGCUGACCCAAUCAAUCAGAGCCUUGAAUGGAAUUACCUGUGAAUGGCUUUGGUGGGCGUCUAGGGGCUGGUUGGCGGUCGGAGGGGAACGGCGGGUGAAGGUGAAUGGAAGAAAAGCGCUGCGGCUCCUCUGGGACUGGAUAAUUUGAGGCGGUGUUGACUGGUCGCGGUUCCUGAGCGGUGCAGUCAUGGGCAGGCCGGAGGGGCUGGCCAGGCCACCUCUGGUGUUAGCUUUGGCGCUCCUGGCUCUCUGUCUUCUCUCCACGGGGGUCUCCAGCCUCCCACAGCCGCUGCCAAGAGUCUUCCUCUCCUUUGAAGACCUGCAGGACUCCCAGUCCUUUGAACACUACAGUAUAUCAGACAAGGCCAUGGACUACAGGAUCCUGCAGAUGGACGAGGACCAGGACAGGAUGUAUGUGGGCAGCAAAGACCAUGUCCUCUCCAUGGACAUUAACAACAUCACCCAUGGCACACUGAAGGUGUUUUGGCCGGCGUCUCCAAGCAAGAUAGACGAAUGCCAAAUGGCAGGAAAGGAUCCAACACACGGCUGUGGGAACUUCAUCCGGGUGGUGCAACCUUAUAACAGAACUCAUCUGUUCAUGUGUGGCAGCGGAGCGUACAGUCCCGUCUGUGUGUACAUCAACAGGGGCCGCAGACCAGAGGAACAAGUGUUUCACAUCGACUCCAGGAGCGAAUCUGGAAAAGGGAGGUGCUCCUUCAACCCUCAAGUCAAUACCGUCUCUGUAAUGCUCAACCAGGAGCUGUUCUCAGGCAUGUACAUUGACUUCAUGGGGACGGAUGCUGCCAUCUUCAGGAGCCUGACAAAGAGAAAUGCUGUGCGGACAGACCAGCACAACUCUAAGUGGCUUAGUGAGCCGAUCUUCAUAGACGCCCAGCUGAUCCCAGACGGAACGGACCCCAACGAUGCCAAGUUGUAUUUCUUCUUCCGUGAGCGGCUGACGGAUAACAGUGGAAAUACUAAAAAUAUCCACACCAUGGUGGCCAGAGUGUGUCCGAGUGACAUCGGAGGACAGCGGAGCCUGGUGAACAAAUGGACCACCUUCCUCAAGGCCCGGAUGGUGUGCUCAGUCCUGGAGGAAGACGGCACCGAGACUCACUUUGACGAACUUGAAAACGUGUUUUUGCUGGAAACCGAUCAGCCCAAGGGCCUGUUGGUGUUUGGAGUCUUCACAUCCACGAGCUCCGUGUUUAAAGGCUCGGCGGUGUGCGUGUACAACAUGGCCGACAUCCUCACCGUCUUCAACGGGCCCUUCGCUCACAGAGACGGGCCCAACUUUCAGUGGGUGGCGUUCCAGGGGCGCAUCCCGUACCCACGGCCCGGAACCUGUCCCGGUGGAGCCUUCACACCUGACAUCCACACGACGAAGGAGUUCCCGGAUGACGUGGUGACCUUCGUACGGAACCACCCGGUCAUGUUCAACCCCAUCCACCCAGUGGGGAGGAGACCUCUGGUGGUCCGGACCAACGCCGACUACAAGUACACAUCAGUGGCGGUGGACCAGGUGAUGGCUGCCGACGGCAACUACCAAGUGCUCUUCCUGGGAACAGACAAAGGUACAGUACAGAAGGUGAUUGUGCUGCCAAGCAAUCAAUCCCUGCAUGAAGAUCUGAUCCUGGAGGAGCUGGAAGUGUUUAAGAAUGAAGCUCCUGUUACAAACUUAAAAAUAUCCUCGAAAAAACAACAGCUGUACGUCAGCUCUGAGUUCGGGGUCUCGCAGGUCUCCCUGCACCGUUGUCACGCUUACGGCUCGGCCUGCGCUGACUGCUGCCUCGCCAGAGACCCCUACUGCGCCUGGGACGGGCUCAGCUGCUCACGCUUCUAUCCCACCGGCAAAAGGAGAAGCAGGCGGCAGGACAUUAUGCAUGGAAAUCCACUCACUCAGUGCAGAGGAUUCAAUCUAAAAGCUUACAGAAACGCAGUGGAGAUGACGCAGUACGGCGUGAAAAACAACACCACCUUCCUGGAGUGUGUUCCCAAGUCUCCUCAGGCCUCCAUUCGCUGGCUCAUUCACAGGGACAACGACAGGAGGAAAGAGGUGAAGCUGGGCGACCGCAUCCUCUCCACGGAGCACGGCCUCCUCAUCCGCUCCGUCCAGCUGUCCGACCAGGGCCUUUACUACUGCCUGACCACCGAGAACAGCUUCAAACGCACCGUCGCCAAGAUCCGCCUGCGAGUGUUGAGCGAGGCCAUGGUGAGCGUGCUGACGGACAAGCAGCAGUCGCCGUGGGCCUGGGCCAGCUCGCUGCACCCCAAGGCCCUGCUGUCGGCCUUCAGUCCAUCAGAGAGCCUGGCGGUGCAGCAGUACUGCAAAGAGAGGAAGCAGCUCCAGAACCUGCAGCAGAGGCAACAGCAGCAACCGCCUCCGCCGCCCGGGCCUCUCAGGGGAGACAUGGCAAAGCUGAAGCCCCUGCUGGACCGGAGGAAGGGCCGCAACCGCCGCAAUCACCUCCCAGAGGUCUGACACAAGGAAGGUACAGAAACUGACACCAACACCUUCCUCUGUUACUCAUUUUCCAACAUCUCAAACUGAAGAGCUGCACCGUGAGGUGGGUGUCGGGAGUCGUUGUUCGGCUCUUUUUCUUGCAUGAGGUACUGUGACCAGAUGGCUGUGACAUACACUAAUACACCCGCACAGGCGCCCGUUUGCCGUCGCAGUCGCAACACAGACUGAAGUGGCCCCGUUGUGAGUGCCACUAAUAAACUGUUACGAUAAUACACCUUGAAAACGCAGCUAUGGUCUUAUCAUACUUUAGAUAUUAGAGGGGGAAUUGGACCGUCCGGAUAUUAGCUCACAAUGGAUUUGUUCUUUAUUGGCAAAAAGAGGAGAUAGUAAAUAGAGGAAAUUGAAAAGGGACAAAAGGGAGAUGCAUGCUUGAGAGCGAGUGCCCCUCUCAAAGUAUAAUAUUAGCAUUUUAUUAGAUUCUACUCACAUUUCUGUAUUUACUUUAAACUAACAAAAUUGUCUCUGUUCAGUGAAAUGGCUUCGUGGGCACACAUCGGGUAAUAAAAAGUCAAUUUGUGAGAAAAAAAUCAUGUUUUUUUUUCUCAUGUGUUGACUGCCUCACAUAAUGUCUACAAUAGCACUGUUCAUACAAAGCACAGAUGGCAAUAAAAAGUGUUAUAUUACAGCGCUGAAAGUUAAAAAAAAAAAGGAAAUAGUUCAAAGGCCAAACUUAAAGGGUAACUUAAGUAUUUUUCAACCUGGACCCUAUUUUCCCAUGUUUUUGCAUCUAA